AUGCCUCAGCCAUUAGCUGGACCUGCAUACCCUCAAUUGCAGCCUUCUUUUCAAAUGCAGCAGGGUAACCAGUUGCUUGCUACCCAUGGUGUGGACUACAAUAAGAGGCUAUUAGAUUGGUUUCAAAAUGGACAUGCAGAACGGGUUAAUCAACGGCGUAAUAGACUACAAAGGCAGGAGCAGGCUGAGGAUCAAAUGAUUCAACACCAGGAAGCAAUACAGCUCCAAAAGCAGGAACAGCAGUUGGCUGAGAAUCAUAUGCACCAGGAAAGAGAAAUUGAACGUCAGGAGACAAUUAGACUAUGGCAACUCAUUAGAAUCCAAAGAGCUGCUCAAGAACAGCUUGAAAGGAGGGAAGACAAGCUAGCAGAUCAGGCUCACAGGGCUGCCAGGGAUGCUGUAGGCCAAGGCAAGGACUUAAAUGAACUGGUAGCUGCCAGACAUACACCAAGGAUGCCAAGGCCUCAACGACUUGCAAACAAAUGA